AUGACGCCGCGAGUCUGUUCGAGUCUCCAUAGUAAUCGUGUCGCGCGAAGAUGCGGUGAAGUUUGCUCUGUCGUGGCUUGUCAGGUGGCUUCCGAUUCAAAUCGGAGGCGACAUAUCGUUGUGAAUAAUCACGGGCUGGAUGACCAGAAGGCAUUUGGAUCAUCAUGUGCGGAACUAGAAGGCGCAACGAAGUCAAGUGUGCAGUGGGAGACGCUUCGCCUCAAGGCUCAAGCCAACACGACCGUCUCGCACGUGGGCAUGAAGCAGUGGCAGGCAUGGCAGAAUCCACCGAAGCCGCAGUUCAAGCCUAGUUCAUCUCAAGCCUGCGCCAGCGCCAGCACUGCGUUGAUCGAUUUUUGGGGGGACCCACCGCGGCUGCUGAGAGGCGCAGAAUACCUAGUAAUGGAUCUCGUGUCGUGGUUGCAAGCACAGCACAGCACACCUCGAGCGCCACGCCACGACGGCAAUCGGAACAAACACGCGCGAGAACAAUCUGCAAGCGGCUAUGUUGUCGACAGGAGGAUCAUGCGAGAUGUCAAGUUCUUGACACCUGUACUACGGCUAUCCUGCGCAGCGGGGUUGUUGAUGAAGGAAUCUGCUGCACCUGCAGACGCUGCAGUCGCCUCACUGCAACGCCUCACGCCUUCGGGAGGGUGUCGGGAGAAGUCAGAAGUCAGUGUUUGGCUUGUAGCGCUGGAAGCGCUCGACGCUCGACGUCGUUGCUCGUACGGUAUCAUAUUUGACAAUUGA